AUGAAGUUUAAAGUCAUCAUAUUGGUUUUGUCUUCUGUGUUCGGUGGAAUAACUGCCACUAAAUAUUCUGGAAGUGAAAGCAAAAAUGAUUACAUACAAAACUUGCAAGAUUUUGGGACGACAAGUCAUAUAUUUAGAAACUCAGAACACGGUCAUGCAUUUAGAGAACUAAAAGCUGUUUUAUCACGCGAACCAUUUCUUGGAAUAAAUAAAGUUGUAGGAGCAUCUUCUUUGAGAAGUUUACGCGGUUAUGAUCAAAAUAUCCGUGGUAAUGUUCAUCUCAGAGAAAAGCGAGCAGUUGCAGAGAGCAAUGAAACAACAGAUGGGACAACAUUCAGCUCAUCAUCUGCACCUUUAGCCAGCUCUCUUGAAGUCAUACAAGCCGAAGACAACACGACCACUGUCUCGAGCAGCACACCGUCUGUAGCCACGAGUGUCCAGCCACCGUUGACAACAACCGGAGGUCAACCUUCGCGAUGUGAAACUCAAACAACACAGAUAUUCACUGGUCUGACUAGCGGAGAACAAUGGGCUCUACAGUUUAUCGAUUCCUGGGGAAAGCCUGGACCCGGACUACUCAACUUUCAGCUGAAGUUUGUCGGCAGUUACCAGGAGUGUCGCAGUUCCCGCUCACCUGCCAGCAACAACACUGUAACUGACGAAUUCACAGGAAACUACUGUGUGGUGACGUUAGCGAUAACCAGCCAAAGUGCUGGUACCUCGCUACUAUCGCUGUUAAGUGGCGCAGGCCCAGAGAUUGGAGCAUGUCUGCCCAACAGCUGUUCCAAUGAAGAUGUUAGAAGUCUUAUUGGUCGAGGUCUUGCGGCCGCAAACCUGUCCAGCACUUUGGUUGUCACGGGUGUGGAUUGUCGGGACAACUACAGAGAGUACACUGCAGCCUCUAUCACUGCCAUAGUUUUGCUGUCAAUCAUCGCCAUUUUUAUGGUUCUGGGAACCGCUCUUGACCUCCUAUUGGUCCAGUAUCCCAAGUGGGCGGCAGCCAGAGAAAAGAAGCUACAUUCAUACAAACAGGCAAACGGCUACCACGCAAUAGAUGAUGACGAGGUCGACGUGAGGUCAGAUCUCAUUAGGAAAGACGACAAUGCUGUACUGCCUAACGGUGCUGGACCCUAUACCCAAGAGAAGCCAGGAGUCAGUCUUCCUCUGUAUUCCGAAAGUAGGCCACUGCUGGGGGAGAAGAAACGGACCUUCACACAGACUCUGCGCUCUGGCAAGCUAGGAAAAUGCCUGAUGGCCUUCUCCGUCUACACAAACGGAAGUAAACUGUUGGAUACAACACAACAGUCAGAGUCGCUUGGCGCCAUUUUUGGCAUCAGAUUCCUCAGCAUGAGCUGGGUAAUCCUUGGACACAUGUAUACGUUUAGUUUAUCAUAUGUGGGAAAUAUUGCAACCGCCAUGACAUCAAUUCUAGGACGCUGGACAUUCGAUGGCAUCUCAAACGCUCUUGUCUCAGUGGACACAUUUUUCACUAUCAGCGGGCUGCUCAUUGCUUACCUCACUACCAAGGAGAUCCUGAAGAAAGGAUGGAAAAUCAACUGGGCCAUGUAUUACUUUCACAGAUUUUGGAG